ACAACUUUUUUUCUAAUGGAUUAAUAUUUUUAGAUAUCAAUGUUUGUACAUCAAAUGUAGUGAUAAAACGUGUUAAACGUGUCACUGAAUUAAAUAAACUAUUAUAGUAACAGCUGUGAUUACUAGAGUAGAACAAUUUUUUGACAGUGUGACGAUGAAUUAUUGAAAGCAAUAUUAAAGCGUUUAUUUAAAAAUUGUUACAUUUUUCACCCACGUAACGAAAUUACCACGUAAACACCAGGAACACGUGUAGUUUUUCAAAAACGUGAUUACAUUACUUCGAUGAUUGUCUGCUUUCGGCUGUUCCUCCUGUUGUCGUCUGCUAGCGGACCUAACCUAACCCUCUACAUUUUGAAGGACUAUCGUCCUUAAGGUUAGGAUAAGCUUUUCGUUUUGAGGGCGCUUUUCCACUAGACUAAAUAGAUGAAACGUGAUAGAGAAUCGCUAGGUAUCUAUGACAUAUAUAUAUACAUAGAAAAUCGCGACACAAUUACGUCAUGAAAGCUGUUAGAUGCAGUAUGAGGAAAUUCUUGGCUUUUGUAUUAUUCAAGUGUUCACAUAACCUUGAAAUUUCAUUGACACCCCUUUGGGCGGGAAUCUCGAAAGAUUUUUAUACUUUUGCUUGGUCGCCCAUAAAAAUGUCUCAAAACAUUUUGAAAAGCAGCUUGGAAAAUGCUUCCUUCAAUAUUAUAUUUCAGAUACUAUGUCGUGGUGUUACGUUUGUUUUGAAUGCAUUUGUUGUUCGACAUGUUGGUCAAGCAGUUCUGGGUGUUAUAAAUGUGAGGCUCCUCUUAUUGGAGUCGAUGAUCUUGUUCUUGUCUAGAGAACCAUUUAUGAAAGCAUGCUUAACUAAUACAGCAGAACAUAAUUGGGCACAAGUUGUUAAUCUGUUGUGGAUGACGGUUCCUAUAUGUUGUAUAAUGUCUAUAAUAUUUGGAUACAUUUGGCUCUUUGUUUUAUCAGCAUCUGAAGCAUUACCAGCAUAUUACACAUUUGCAGUUUGGGCAGUCGCUCUGUCUUGUGUCAUUGAAUUGUCAUCUUUGAUUGUUCAAUUGGUUGCUAGUGCAUUUUUAUUUGUUAGAUUGAAAAUUAUUCUUGAUACUAUCAUGAUUGCUAUUCGUACUUUAACAUUUGUUCCAUUAAUACUUUACAAUCCAGACAAUGCAUUAUUUGCAUUUGGAGUAGCUCAAUUAGUUGCGGCUAUCUUUUAUACUACUAGUCACUAUGGAUAUUUCCAUUAUUAUAUCAAAAGAAUAAAUAAAUGUAAGUUGAAGCGCAGAAUGUCACUGAAAGAUAAUAGUGAUGAGUAUGUUGUUAGAGAAUUUCCAUUUCAAGCAAUAAUUGAUUUUUUACCUGGACAACUGGAUAAUAAAGAAUCAUAUUUAGAUAAAAAAUUGUCUGUUUUAACAUGGAGUUUCUUUAGACAAGGAAUUUUAAAGCAAAUUUUGACAGAGGGAGAGAGAUUAAUUAUGACAGUAAUGCCAGUAUUAACAUUUACUGAACAGGGAACAUACGAAAUUGUAAAUAAUUUAGGUUCUUUAGCAGCAAGAUUUAUUUUCCGUCCAAUAGAAGAAAGUGGGUACUUUUAUUUCACCCAAAUGAUUAAACGGGAUAAAUCAAUCAAUGAUCAGAAUCCUGUAAAAAUUCAGGAAAGUGUAAAUGUUCUUACACAUUUAUGUUCAGCUGUUACAUCUAUCGGUCUAGUUGUAUUAGUAUUUGGACAAUCAUAUUCAAGCACUCUGUUAUGGUUAUAUGGAGGUGCAAAAUUAACUUCACAUCUGCCUAUACUCUUGAUGCGAGCACACUGUCUAGCCAUUUUACUUUUGGGCAUAAAUGGUGUAACAGAGUGUUAUACUAAUGCUACGGCUGAUAGUGCAACUAUAAACAAGAGCAACUUAAUCAUGAUUUAUGAAUCAAUUGCGUUUCUGGGUGCAUCAUAUUUGUUUGCUAUUUGGUUUGGACCAGUUGGUUUUAUUCUUGGGAAUUGCGUGAACAUGAGCUUAAGGAUUUUGCAUUCUACUAUCUUCAUUAACAGGAGAUAUAACGACACGAUAUACCGUCCAUUACGAGGAUUAGUGCCAAAGCCUAUGUUCUCUGCUUCUCUUCUUGUAGCAGCCUUAGUCACCAAUGUGUCUCAUGCUUACUUCUUUCCUGAUGAGAAAGUUUUGCAUCUAAUUAUUGGAGUAAUCAUGUUCAUAAUUGUACUGAUAUCAUGGAUUUAUGAGCAUCACGAUCUAAUCAGGCUUGGCACAAACAAGUGGUAUGAAAGAAGAAAUAGGCACAAGAAGAGUGACUGACCUUAACUUUGUUAAUAAUGUUGGUUUAUUUAUUGCAUACAAAAUUAUCUACAAGGGUACUGCGAUGUGGACAUUAUGUAAAUUUUCUAAAAUCCAAUAAUCAUGUAUUUUCUAUACUGUUAUGAUUCAAGUUAAGCAAGUGCGAAUCCCCCUAUCUCAACGAAAUUACAUUAAAAUUAUUUUACUCAGA